GCAUCCACUGUUUUUUUAUUCGAUUUUUGUUGGCAGUAUUAUUUAUAAAAUGAAAGACAUGUCUUCGUCUUUGGUGCAAAAUAUUUUGCAUUUUCUUGCUUUAUGUUCAAUUAUCUCAAUUCUCAGUGGGUUUAGAGAGAAAUGUAAUGAGUCAUUUUUUCGGGAUAAUUUUAUUCCCCACAAAAAAUAUAUCGUGAUAUUUCUCUCUAAAAUCACUCAUUAUCGAGGAAAACCAAUAAUUCUGAAUCUAAAUUUCCAAAAGACAAGCAAAACUAUCGAGAUGAUAAAUUAUUAUGGCUUUCAGUCAUUAAUUCCACCCAAAUCACGUAAUCAGGUUUGUAAAUGUUUUAUUCAUCUCUAUUUGUUUGUCUUUCCUGUCUUUUUUAUCAUGUCAUCACGUAGGUGAAGAGCCCUAGACUGAGUGCUCUUCACAAAACUAAAAUAAACACAGAAUAAGCGGUGAGUAAUUGAUGUUACAAAGUGCGCUGUCUUCUUUCUGUAAAUGGCUGUGCUCCCACCAUUUGGGAAUAAAAGAGUUGAAAUGUCUGAGGGGGGAAAAUCAUUGCACGCCUACAAACGCCACGAGACAUCAUGAUCCAAACAGUGUAACGCUGUUUCUCAUCACGUUAGCAAGCAACUGAACUCGAUGGAGCCAAUUUAUGAGAACGUUAGACGCAAGGACACUGGAGGCCUUCGUCGAGGAUCAGAUACGAGUGUCGUGUUGACGGAAGAUACCGACAGUUUCAUAAUCGGAGAUCGAGUAUGGGUCGGUGGAACGAAGCCCGGCUCCAUCGCCUACAUCGGAGAAACCCAGUUUGCUCCUGGAGACUGGGCUGGAGUUGUCCUGGAUGAGCCUAUCGGAAAGAAUGAUGGCUCGGUUGCUGGCUCCCGUUACUUCCAAUGCGCCCCCAAGCACGGAAUAUUCUCACGUCUCACCAGAUUGACCCGCUAUCCACUCCAGGAGAGCCUGAUGAUACAACCUGAACUGAAGACACCACCAGGCAACAAAUCAAUUUCACCUUCACUGAAUGUUUCCAUGACGAGUUUAUCCUCAACGACCUCGCGGGAUUUGAAGAUUGGGGAUCGAGUUAUUGUGUCAUCGAGCCAGGGGAGCAAGACCGGGGUGUUGAGGUACCUCGGGGUGACAGAAUUUGCAGCUGGCGAGUGGUGUGGCGUGGAGCUGGAUGAGCCCGUUGGGAAAAAUGAUGGAGCGGUUGGAGACAAAAGGUAUUUCGAAUGCAAGCCGAGGCACGGUCUCUUCGCCCCAUCACACAAGGUCUCCCGGUCGCCCUCGAGCAAGCGCCCGUCCCUGAGCGCCGUGCACAAGCCUAUGGGCGCCUCCCUCAACUCGUCCAUCCGUAAAGCCGGCUCCCGAGAAUCCCUGACCUCCGUCUCCAGUGUGACAUCAGCCACGGCGAGCGCCAGAGGGGUCACCACCGCCAGGAGAGUGAGGGCGUCCACACCUGGACAGAGUUCUCUCCAGGAAAUGUUGAAGGAAAAGCAGCAGGAGAUCGACAUGCUGAAGAAGGAGAGGGAUCUAGAGAGAGAGAGGAUCACUAAGGCUGCUACGCAGGCUGAUAAUGCCGAGCAAUCGAUAGUUAAUUUGAAGAUGGAGUAUGAUAAGUAUCGAGAGGAAAUGGAGAAGACAGUUCUUGACGCUCAGGCAGCCCUUUCCCGGCUCCUCGAGGAGAAGAAUAUUCUGCAAUCACAGUUGGAGGAGGAGAAACACAAAUGCGAGGACAUUCUGUUUCGAUUCGAGGAGGAAUCAGUGAACAAAGAGGACAUUCAGAAGGAAAAGGCUGCACAGAGCGUGGUAAAUCUUCAGAAUGAGGAGAGAAUAACCGCUCUUCAGAAGGAGCUCUCUGAGGAAAGGGAGAGAGUCAUUCAACUCGAGAACGAUAACUUGCGACUCUUCGAGGCUGAAGAGGAGCUGGUGAAACUCAAAGCUGAGUCCAACGUUUUGUCAGAAGUGGAAAAUACGAAUCUAUGUCUCAAGGAAGCAAAAAUCACUCUGGAGAAUCAGAUGUUGGAGCGAAACAACAUGAUUUCCGAGCUUUCCUCGCAGAUUUCGGAACUACAACAGAAGCUAAAAAACAGAGAGGAGAUAGAGGAGUCCCACAUCGAAAAGCUCUCGGAAAAUUUGAGCAAAACGGUGGAAGAAAAGAACGCCAUAAUCUCGAAGAUAACGGAUGAAAGUGCUGCGAAGACCCAGGCACUGGCUCAGGAAAUAGAAAAACUGAAGCAGAUUAUCGAGACUCUAACGAAGGAAAAUUCAAACUCUGCAGAAGCACAGAAAAUCGAGUUGAAAAAGUUGCUUGAAGAGAAUGAAAAUCUGUCGGUGUCAAAUUCCCAGAAAAUUGAGGACCUGAUGAGCCAGAAAUUACAGGUGGAGCAGUUACUCGAGGAAAAAGACAAGCUUUCCGUGGAAAAAUCGAGGAAAAUCGAGGAGUUCGAGAAAAUUGUGAAUGAAAAGUUACAAACGAUAGAUCAGGAGAAAGAAAAUUCGGGGAAACUUCUUCAGAAGAAUUCAGAAUUGGAAAAAUUAUUGGAAAACUUAGGAAUCGAAAUGAACAAUUUGAAGAUUGAGUUGACUGGGAAGAACGGAAAAUUGGAGGAAACCUCUCAAUUAAUUGCAGAAUUGAACGAUAAAUUUUCCGCAGUUUCCAACAAUCGAGAUGAGAAGAUCAUCGAGUUGGAGCGAGUGGGAAAAUUGUUGGAAGAUCAAGGAGAGGAUAAUAGGAAAUUGGUUGAAGAGGUGAAAAGUAAUUCCGGGAAAUUCUCGAGUUUGAAUCAGGAAAUUAAUUCUCUGAAGUCUGAGUUGAGUGAAAAAAUCGGGGAAAUUAAUAGCAUGACUGAAACGAUGGCUGAGCUGAGGGAUAAUAUCACGAUUUUUGAACAGACGAAGACGAAUUUGGAGAGUGAAAUGAAAAUGCAUGAGUCAACAAUUUCGGAGUUGAAUAAAAGGGUGAAAUUUUCGGAUGAGAAAAUCCAGGAAUUGAUCGCGGAAAAAGGCAAGCUGGAGGGGGAGAUCUCGGGGGUUAUUUCGAGCUGUGAAGGAUCUUCCGAGCAGUUGAAACAGUACAAUGAAGAGUUGAGAUUGAAAGAAAAGGAAAAUGGCAACUUGAAGGAGAAAAUUUUUGAGCUGGAAAAUUCGGUGGAAAGUUUAUCAGGAAAUUUGAGGGAUAAUAUGGAGAAUAUAGGGAAAAUCCAAGAAAAAUUAGGCAAAAGUGAGGAGAAUGAGAGGAAUUUGGUGGCACAAUUGAAGGAGAACGCGACAAAUUUGGCAAAACUCGAGGAACAAUUGAAGGAUAAUGAGAACAUUCGUGAAACCUUGAGCGGAAAACUCAAGGAAAAGGAGGAUGAACUCCAGCAAAUUCAGGAUAACCUGAAGGAGAGCGAAGCAAAGUCCGCAAAACUUGAUGAAGUCGAGGAAAAUCUUCAGAAAAUCGAAAUAAAAUUGCGGGAAAGCGAGAAAAAUUCCCGAGAGCUCCAGGAAAAAUUGAAGGAAGCCGAAGGCAAUCUGAAACUUAUUCACGAAGAAUUGCAGAAAAGCUCUGAAAGUUCCUCAAAAUUGGUCGAUGAAAUCAACUCCAAAAAUUCAAAGAUCGAAGAAUUGACUAAUAAAAUCGAAAAUUCCGAACAAAAUGCCGCAAAAUUGACUGGUGAGAAUGAGCACCUUGUCAAGACCAUAUCAGACCUGCAGAGGAAAACCCAAACUCUCGAAAAGAAUCUGGAAAUUUCCACGCAAUUAGAGUCCUCGAACGUGGAAUUGCGAAAUUCCGAGGAAAAUCUGAAAUCAAAGAUCGAAGAAUUGAAUGAUAAAAUUCGAGAAUUAAUCGUAAAAGUUGAUGAAAAAACUUCCGAAUCCUCGAGUCUCUCGUCAUCCUUGGAAGCCGUAUCCCAGGAACAACAGAAAUCCUUGGAUAAGAUCCAGGAAUUAAACAAUGAAAUAAUUUCGCUGAACUCAAAGUUGAAAUCAGUGAAGGAAGGCUCGGAAAAGCUCACGAAAAUGCUCAGGAAAACCGAGGGUUUAAAUUCUGAUCUAUCACAAGCAGCAGAAGCCCUUGAAACUACUCAAAACAACUACAAAAUUUCUCAGGAAAAAAUCGAGGAACUAAACUCAGAAGUUACCUCGCUUAAGGCUCAAUUAAUUUUGUUCGACUCAACUGCUCACAAAUUAAAUGAAUUAGAGGAAGAACUAUCCCUGAAAACUGAAGAAAAUUCUGAACUCUCGAAGAAAAUCUUGGAAUUAUCCACUACAGCAGAAGAAAUCAAGACAUUGAGUUCCGAAAAGUCCAGAGUUGAAGCGAAUGUCGAGAAAAUUCUAGAAGAGAAAUCAGGGCUUGAGGAAAAGCUCAAGAAAAGUGAAACCGUAAACGAGGAGAUGCAGAACACCCUAGACAUGAAAUCUAAAAUGAUUGACGAGUUGGUGAGUGUAAUGGAGACGUUGAAAUCAUCGGAGUCUGAGUCAAUUAAGAAUCUGAAACUGGAAUUCUCCCAAAGGUUGGAAGAAAGCUCAGAGAACCUCUCAAAAGCAAACAAGGAGCUCAACGCAUUCAAGAAGACCUCUGAACUUGCCGAACUUAAUCUGAAAUCUAUUCUAGAGGAGAACGAGACCCUGAAGAAGUCAAUCACGAGCUCCGAAGCUAGAAUUCAAGAUCUCGAAUCGAAAAAGCUCGAGAAAACCUCGGAAUUAAAUACGAGGAGUCAAAAACUUGAGGAGAAAAACGCAGAAUUAAAUUCUAGAAGCAAAAAACUUGAGGAGAAGAACUCAGAGUUGCUCAUGGAAAAACAUAAUCUGGAAAAGAAAAACUUAGAGAUGAACUCUAGACUCUCGGAGGUUCUGGGGGAGAUGAAGACUCUGAAGGAGAAUUCUAACAAUAAUUUGGGAGGUCUUGGGGAGAAGAUCCAGAGCAAUGGGGAGGCGAAGAACAUGAAGGAGAUCCUGGAGGACAACGAAACGUUCAAGGGUCAAAUAGAUUUCCUCAACUCAGUGAUAGUCGACAUGCAAAGGAAAAACGAGAGUCUCAAGCUGAAAAUCGAAGUCCUGGAGAUGGGUGUGCCUGCCAGCGAGGCUGACGAGUACUCGAGGGAGACCCUGGCGAAGGUCUCCUCCCCGAGGAUGUUCUGUGAUAUUUGCGAUGAGUUUGAUCGGCACGAGACUGAGGACUGCCCCAAGCAGGCCCAGGACUUCGAACCGGAGAAGCCAGUGAAAUUGACGCCUGUGAAGGGGACAGUGCAGAGGCCGUACUGCGAGCAUUGCGAGGUGUUCGGGCACGACACAACCGAUUGUGAUGACGCCGAGACCUUUUGAUCGUCGACCACCGAAACUUGAAAUCGAGCUUUGCUUGUCAGCUGAUAGUCGCAAAAAAAUUCAAUUACUAAAUCCGAAAAUACGUUGAAAUUUUCAAAGUAUAUUUUUAUAUCGCGUUAGAUUAUCCCAUAAACAUUAUCCCAGUGUCUUCCCGACUAAUUUCCGUCGCUGUUGUGCAUUAACAAUCGUUUUUUCAGAGACUGUAGUUAAUUUAAUUAUCUCUCCAGGAAUUGAGAGGGAAAAAUCGUUGGCUUGCCUAUUUUCUCAAUUCUAUAAAGUUGAUUAAAUCGUGUAAAUAGAAGUAAGACCGAUCUAUUUAAUAUUUAUUAUGACUUACGUGUAUAUAAAUAUCUGUUAUCAAGCUCCUUGCACGCUGAGGUUCGUUGGUGAAUUUUGGAAAUCGAAGUUGCACAAUCUGAGAGAUGAAAACGUUUUGUAGAACUUUGUCAAUAAAAUAGAGUUUAUUCAAGAGAUUAAA